AUGGUUUUCUACGCCGAGUACAUUAUGCUUUUGGGCUUUGCCCUGGUACUAAUACCACACGGCCAACAGACCAGCCUAUUCUCACACGCAGGCGUAGUCAAGAAGAGCGAGGCACCGCUUCUGGGCUUGACAUCGGCAGCUGAGGGGAGCAUGUCGAUGAGUUCGGUCUUGGAGUUCAUGUCGUCCAUGGGCGUACCUGUGGCGUCUUCCGCAGGCUCUGCGUUUCCGGCUAUGGUUUCUGGUGCGGGUACCGGCGCUGGGGCUGGCGGUGAAAGUGGAACCGCAUCGAGUGUGUCACCAGCAUCUCCCACUGCGUCAGUCGGUUCGGUGCCGGAGGUUGGACCGGAGUACGGUAACGUCGUUAUCAACAACCACUGCGAAGAAGAGUUCGUAGCCUUCUCCAUCGGCGCAUGGCCUAUGGGCGGAAACAGAACCAAACUUGACCCGGAGGGCCCGGUCGUACCUCCUCACAAUGGCAGCUGGAACGCCUGGCAAGAAAGCAUCCCACACGCCAUCGCAUCAGGUGGAAGCUAUACCGAGCCCUACCGCGUUACCUGUCCAAACGUCGAAGGCGCAGACGCAUACUGCGCAGAUCAGGAUAAACUGCGCGGCCAGGGUAUCUCGCUCAAAAUCGUCAAUCCAGCGAAACCAGAUGAAGCUACGCAGUUCGAGUACGCGCUUGUACAGAAUCCGCUGGACAACGCAUCCUACCAUAGGCUCAACUAUGACAUCUCACUCCUUGAUUGUGCCGAUCCGCAGGAUCAUGCCUCACUCUACGGCAUCAACUUCAACGACACCAACCAUCGUACUAUUGACGACCUGAACAUGUCUAAUGAAGACAGGAAACACAAGGUUGAUAUGUGUCCCGGAUAUGGGAAUGGGCUCCAGGUGUCGUUUAAAGCAAAGGAGGGCUGCGACGGUGAUGUGUGCCCCCCGAUCGAGUGCAACGGAGAGGAGUGGUGCAAGAUCUACUACUUUGAACGGACAAGGACUAAUGAGCCGAGUUUGAUGUGUACGGGGGAGUUCAGAGGAGAUAUGGUGCUGGAUCUCUGUGCGGGUAAUACUGGUAGCGCUGCCAGUACUCGCAGAGGGAUUGGAAAAGACGAGGAUGUUCAAAGUGUUGGAAGUGCUUAG